AUGGAGGAAGAUCAAGAACUGAGAUUUGUUUGCAAGUUCUGCAACAAGAGGUUCCCAUGUGGUAAGUCACUGGGGGGUCACAUGAGGUCUCAUGUAAUUGCAAAUUCUGCUGAAUCUGAGGAAAAAGUUGAGGCGAACAUGAAAAGGAUUUCUUCUUUAGGCGGGCCGGGGAAGAUUAUCAUAAAUGAGUCGAGUGUUGUUGAAUUUGCUAAUGGGCAUUCAAGUUAUGGCCUUAGAGAAAAUCCCAAGAAAACGUGGAGGGCUGUGGAUUCGACCUUUCCCCUGCCACAGGAGAAGGUUUGCAAGCAAUGUGGUAAAGGGUUUCAAUCGUUGAAAGCAUUGUGUGGUCACAUGGCUUGUCACUCGGAGAAGGAAAGGGGUUUGAAGGAUGAUCAUUCUUGGACGAGUGAGAAUCAGAAACUAGUUAUGGAUAGUCAUUCGGAUACUGAAUCUGAGGACGGGAUGUUGAGAACUAGAUUAUCAAAGAGUAAGAGGUUCAAGAAAAUCAUUUUCAAGUCGUCCGCCUUUUCUUUAGCUAAUAAUGGUUCUUUGACUAUUUCUGAGAUUGAUGAGCAAGAACAAGAGGAGGUAGCUAUGUGUUUAAUGCUGUUGUCUAGGGAUUCAGGAACUAAAGGUGGUGUGAAUUCAGUUGUUGAGUCUUCUGAUAAUAAUUCAGUGAUUCUAGAAACUAAAUCUUCUUCUAUUGACACGAGAAUUGGUAGAAAGGAAGGCUUAAAUUAUGUUAAUAAUCAAGACGAGGCUCUCCAAAUGAAAAAAAUUGGGGAUACGAAGUUGAAAGGUAGAACUUUGGAUGCAGAUAUUGCUCAAAUGGAGAAAUCUGAUUCAGGGUAUUUCUUAGAUGAAUGUGCUAAGGUUGAGUCCGAUGGAUCAGUUGAUGGCUAUCACAGAAAUGGUUCUUGCAGUGAAUGGAAGAAGUUCCAGAUGGGUUUUGGAGCUAUAGGUGAGGAGUCGAUUUCUGAAUUCAAGAAAAGCUUGAACAGAGUCAAGAGUUAUAAAACAGAGCUUAAGAAGGAGGUUGCUCUUGAAAAUGGAUAUGAUGAUGCUGGUAGAGUUUCAAAUUCGGCAAGAAAUGAAUCACGAAAGAGAAAGCAUAGAUUUGAGGUUCCUGAAUGUUGGAAUGAAUACGGUAGUAAGAUGAAAAACGGCUCUUCAGAUGAUCAGGUGUGCGAUAAUGCUCAGAAAAGAAGUAAAUAUGAAUGCUUGAACUGUAAAAAGAUCUUCAACUCUUAUCAAGCACUUGGUGGGCAUAGACCAUGCCAUAAGAAAAGUAAUGCCUCUUCUGAAUCACGAUAUGAAAUGGGUGAGAACAGUCUAGAUGAUGCGAAAGACUUCAGAACUGCUUAUAAGCUCGGAGAGUCUUCUAGCAAGAAAAAACUGAUUUCUAAAAAUUCAUCCCUUGAUUCAAAGAAAGGAAUUAAGUCGAAGAAGAACAAAGUGCACAUAUGUCCAUUCUGCGAUAGGGUUUUCAAGAAUGGCCAGGCUUUGGGUGGCCACAAGAGGUCACAUUUUAUUGGUGGUCACGAGGAAACUAGUAGUCGAACUCCAUUAAUAAAGCCAGAGCUUCCUGAUUUACUUGACCUUAAUCUUCCAGCUCCUGAGGAGGAGGAGGAUGACAAUCAUGCUCAAUUCUUCCAGUGGUAA